UUACACGUGAAAUGAGGAAGGAAAGCAGGUUUAAGAAAGCAGAAGGGCUUGCUUCACACGCUCUUCGUGGGCUGAUCUAAUGACUGCGCCAAGCAGGAGACAGCGAGCGAGCCUCCUCGCAAACAAAGCUGACACUGGAAAUCAUGAACGCCACAGUGACGAAGGGCUUCAACGGGUCUGAGCAGUGCCCCAGGGACACGCGGAUAGCACAGCUGGUGUUCCCAGCCAUUUACACCAUUGUUUUCCUCACCAGCAUCUCGCUGAACACUCUGGCGCUGUGGGUGUUCAUUCACAUCCCCAGCUCCUCCACCUUCAUCGUUUACCUCAAAAGUACUCUGGUGGCCGACCUGGUAAUGACACUCAUGCUUCCAUUUAAAAUCCUCUCCGAUUCACACCUGGGACCCUGGCAACUCAGAGCCUUCGUGUGUCGCUUCUCCGCCGUCAUCUUCUAUGAGACCAUGUACGUGGGCAUCAUUCUGCUGGGCCUCAUCGCCUUUGACAGAUUCCUCAAGAUCAUCAGACCUUUUGGAAAAUUCUUUGUACAAAAACCCACUUUUGCAAAAACAGUCUCAACCUUUGUCUGGUUCCUUUUGUUCCUCAUCUCUCUGCCAAACAUGAUCUUAAGCAACCAGAAGAUGACACCGUCAACUGUGAAAAAGUGUGCCUCCUUAAAGAGCCCUCUGGGGUUGAAGUGGCACCAAGCGGUGAAUUACAUAUCCCAGUUCAUUUUCUGGACGGUUUUUGCCUUAAUGCUUCUGUUUUAUGUGGUGAUUGCAAAAAAAGUAUAUGAUUCUUACAGAAAGUCGAAAAGUAAGGACAGCAAAAACAACAAGAAGCUGGAAGGUAAAGUGUUUAUUGUUGUAGCUGUCUUCUUUCUGUGUUUUGCUCCAUUUCAUUUUGCCAGAGUUCCAUAUACUCAGAGUCAAACCAACAGCAAGACUAACUGUAGAUUGCAGCAUCAAUUGUUUAUCGCUAAAGAAACAACUCUCUUGUUGGCUGCAACAAACAUCUGUAUGGAUCCCUUAAUAUAUAUUUUUUUAUGUAAAAAUUUCACAAGAAGGUUAUUAUGCAGGAGAGGAAGAAAGACUACAGCAUCAAACCAAGACAAUCAUACCAGUCAGACAGACAAUAUAACCCUAAACUGAUGACUUGAUCAUGGCUCACUUCUAUUUAUGGACUAGAUUUCAAAAGACAAUUUAUUUGGAAGUAACAUUUAAGCAAUAAAAAGGGAUUAAAAUAAAUGUUUUCUUACAUUUUAUUAUCCUGAUGUACAAAAAGGAUUAUGUAAAUUUAAUUCCACAUAGAUGUAUUCAUAAGCAGAAUGAAGUAUCAUU